AGCAGACGCUGUAAUCUCAGAACCCGGUAGUAAUUUCUCGGAUCUCACCAAUUUUGGCAAAAUUAUCAGCGGCUCCAGCAAAUCCUUAUACCAGAAAUUUUGAGAUUUUGCAGCACGAGCUCCUCCUUCGCGGCUGUAAUUUGAGCGAUCCGACCACCGAAGAUGUGGAUCAUCAGAACAACGGCAAGGCAUCUAUGCUGAGAGAGAUGAUCCGUCUCCUCGGCGAAUUGGUUACUCAGAUGGACAGCCUGAAAAAGGAGAAUGCAACUCUCUUAUCGGAAUAUAAUUAUAUCACAGCUGAGAAGAAUGACCCCGUCGAGGAAGCUUCUGGUUUAGAUGCUCAAGUGAAGGGGCUGAAGAGAGAAAUAGACGAGAGGGCUAUCUGUUCAAACGCACAUGUUUCUCAACCAUCGACAGCACAGUUACCCGAAGGCCAUGUUGCAAUGCCACUCAUCGGGCAUGCCUCAGAGGCGGCAGCCCCUGUCGUUGGUCCUGUGCUGGUCGUGCCAUUGCAUCACAAGCCACAACUCCAAGGCUUCGGUAACUCCUUCCCAGGUAUGGAUGGGCCUAAGGUUCCCUCUGGUGUGAGCAAACCGCGAGCACGUUACCCUUUGUCGUCUGAUUCUUGGCCUUCUCAUAUUCUCACCAAGUAGUGUAGAAUGGAAUGGUUAAAUACGUAGAGAGUUAGUCAAGCAGCUUUAGUGCUGAAAUGAGGAUCAAAUGGAGCAUUUUGAUGUUUGAGUUAGAAUUCGAUUUUCUUU